CGAGCUUUGUCCAUUUGAACUUGGUGCUCGGCGUCGUAAAAAUCGUCGCUGCCACGCCAUUCUGAGAGAUUCACGAUGGGUGUGACAAAGACGAUCAUCAAGGAAGGAGACAAGCAGACAUAUCCCAAACCAGGAGAUAGUUUGCUGAUGCACUACGUCGGCACCUUCAAAGACAAUGGUCAAGUCUUCGAUUCUUCAGAACGUGCUGGACAGCCCAUCCGAUUUCCAGUGGGCAGAGGUCAAGUGAUUCGCGGCUGGGAUGAAGGAGUGAUCAGGAUGUCCUUGGGCGAGAAAGCAAAGCUGGAGAUCACGUCGGACUUUGCGUACGGCAGACAGGGCGCUCCUGGAGUCAUCCCUCCAUAUGCCGACCUUGUUUUUGAGGUGGAACUGCUCGCAAUCAACGAGAAGCAAGCGCCAAAGGAUUUGACUGAUCAGCUUCUAUCCUGCGUGUGCUAUGCAGGUGUGGCAGUGCUGGUGCUGAAAGUCUGCGGAUGCCUUUGAUGCCUUUGAUGCCUUUGAACCGCCCGGACGUCGUGAUACGCAUCGUGUUGCAGUGGCAGUUUGCCCGGAAAAGAGUGCCCUUUUGUGCCCUUUUGUGCGGCAUCACAUCUAGA